AUGAAUUUGUCGACGAAUGUUACGUAUUCGUUAGAAGACGAAGAUUACGAUGAAUUCAGGAAGACUGGCAUUCCUAUCACUGUUUAUCUGAUAGUUCUGUGUGUCCUGGGAACAAUUGGAAAUGUCCACGUGUUUCUGGUGUAUUUACUGAGAUACAAAUCAAACAUCUAUAAAACGUUUGUACUAUGUUUAGCUGCGGUGGAUUUUCUUGGGUGUACGUUCUGUAUUCCAGCGUCACUGUACAUCAUCAGACACCCGAACACGAUACAGUCUUUGGCGUUCUGUAAGAUAAACCGCGCUAUUACCUAUUUCGUGGGAGCAUAUUCACUGCUGCUUCUGGACUGCAUAGCUGUGGAACGUUAUAGGAAGGUAUGCCAGGCUACUCGUGCCCAAUUCACCAUCAAAAUAACACGUAUUGUGUGUGCUAUUAACUUCGCAUUCGUCGUUAUCGUGAUUGUUAUCCCCGUAACAAUCAUUUAUGGAAUCAACCAGAAGACAACCAAGGCCCAUUCACUGACUGGUUAUGAAUGUACUGUGUUAGAAAGUUUCAAAAAUGCAACUUUGACUAAGAUAUACAGGGGGUUUGUAUUCCUCAUCUUCCUAGCUUUAGUGAUAGUCUCUGUUGUGCUGUAUAUUCUGAUCGGAAAGAAGAUCUACACCCAUAAGAACAAAACGAGUACAUCAAGUAAACAGCAUGCCAUGUCGCAAUUGAAACAAAACGUUUGUAAAUCAGUAUCAUCUGAAGACGGCGAAAACCAAACAAGGACUUCUGAAGUUGAGCCCAUGAACUCGACAAAGGCUUUAAAUGACAAAUCUGAAUCGGCUAUAGUAACAGAGAAAUGUGUUAUUACGACAGAUCCACGUAACCCUGAGAUUAAGAGAAACAAAUCGGAGCGAGAAAACCAGACACGAGCAACGACCGGAACAGAAAAGAAAUAUCUUCACACAUUGAAUGAGAGAAAGCGAAAGAAGCUUGACAGAAGUAGAAAUAUAACUAUGAUAUUCUUAGUUGUGUCAAUUCUCUCCUUCGGGGGUUACCUCCCCUACCUAAUAACCACCUUGAUACGAAAUAUCAGCAGAUCUACGUUCGAGAACUUUGCAGAAAAUUAUGAAACUUUGGACAUAUUCAUUCGUUGGAUGAUAUUCCUCAACAAUGCCAUAAAUCCCCUUGUUUAUGGCUUUAUGGACAAAAAAUUUCGAAGCGAACUCCAGACGUGUUACGUUAGAAUGGCCAGGUGUUCAUCUCCAUGGUCGUAAUCGUAAACAUUGAAUUAAAUUAUUAAUUUCGUGCAAUGAAUGAAAUUUACGCAACAGCAUUCAAACUUAAAUCUCUUUCAUAUGUUAUAUUUUAUUCAAUUAUAGAACUUUCACCUAAACUUACGGUCUUCGUCCGGAAACACAAAUGAGUUGAUGUUUCUGUUGUGGAGUUGUAACGGAAAUCUGCCUGAGAGUUUUCACAAAUGUCUCUGUUAAUGACAUCCUGAGAGUUAAACGCUGACAUGUCAUUGGUGGUUCGUUUCUUCGACUAUAACUAAAUUCGCUGAAGUCAAUUUCAUAGAUAUAGUAUACAUUAUGAUACAACACAAUUAUUCAUAAAAAAUAUCUCGGUAACUUAAUUUGCUGAAGUACUUUAUAUGGUAAUAGAUUAGCAGACCAAUGGUACAAUCAUUUACAACAUGGUUAAUCGUAAUAGCUGCAUUUGUAGCAGAUUUCAUUUUGUAUAUAUAUCUUUGUUAACCUGGAGAAUCAUCUCUGUCAGAACGUAGUAUGUUGAUAUAUUUUCUUUAUUGUUUUCCGUCAAUGAAAUAUGGAUAAAAUAUAAGAAUUAAGCGUAAUUAUGUCCCUCGCUUGUCCUACUUCAUUAGUGUACUUGUGUAUGGCCAUUUUGAGGCAAGAUGGACAAUAUUCGAAACGUCAUGCUACCCAACCCCAAAAUACCUUAUAUCUAAAUUGAUUUAUGUAAAGUAAUUGUA